AUGAAGUUUUCUAUUGCCAAGAAGAGCAAGUUAGUGGCCAGGAAAUGGCUGAACUUAAAGAGCAAAGCAGAUGAGUUUUAUGCUGAUGAUAUUUUUGAAGGACCUUUGUUGAGAAAAACUGAAUAUGGCACACCAGUAAGACUGGAGCCAUAUGCAUCCCAAGGCACUGGCCUUAAAAGUAUAAGCAUAUUUGUUGAGACAUGGAAUUUAGGAGGUAUGACACCAUAUAAUGGACUCAACUUGGAUGAUUGGCUGCACACAUCAUGUCCAGCAGAUAUCUAUGUUCUGGGGUUUCAAGAAAUUGUGCCUUUGAAUGCUGGGAACAUCUUGGGUGUAGAAGACAAUGGCCCUGCUGCAAAAUGGUUGGCCCUUAUUCGCCAAACAUUGAACAGUAGCAGUUUCUCACCAUUUAGCUGGGAUGGACCAAAAGAUUCAUCAGUAUUACCUAACAGUUUCGAUUCUGAUUGUGGGUGUUCUCAAACACAUCAGAAUUCUGUUUCCUACGAGAGUAAUUCCUUCCAGACUUUAUACUUUCAUUCCAGACCAAAUAGUGAAUCUAAAACUUCUUCACUAGAACCCAAGCAAAAAUUCAAUCUUAUUGAUCAUCUCCCAUUGGAAAUGGUUAACACAAUGAACUGCAAUACCCCAUUUGGAUCGUUUUCAUCGGAGGGCGAAAGAGAUUUCAGUAUGAGAUAUUCCUUAUCAGAAAGAUCUUAUUCAAGUGAGGAGAAUUCAAGUGAAGAGUCAAAUUACAGUUUGGUAGCCAGCAAGCAGAUGGUUGGCAUGUUUCUCUGUGUUUGGGUGCGAAGUGAUCUGAGACAGCAUGUCAGAGAUUUAAGAGUCUCUUGUGUUGGUCGAGGGCUAAUGGGUUACCUUGGCAACAAGGGCUCUAUUUCCAUCAGUAUGUCAUUCCAAGGUACAAGCUUUUGCUUUGUUUGCUGUCAUUUGACCUCGGGAGAAAAGGGAGGUGAUAUGAUACGCAGGAAUUCUGAUGUCAUGGAGAUUUUAAAGAGGACCCACUUUCCACAAAUGGACAAGAUCUUGGGAAAGAAAACUUCAGAAAGAAUUUUGGAGCACGAUCGGGUAAUUUGGCUUGGGGAUUUGAACUAUCGCCUUGCACUUCAACAUGCAGAUACUAAAAUACUUGUUAAAAAAAAUUAUUGGGAAGCUCUGUUGGAAAAAGACCAGCUUCUAACUGAAAAGAAAACAGGGAAUAUAUUCGAAGGAUGGAAUGAAGGCAAUAUAUAUUUCCCUCCUACGUACAAGUACUGCAAAAAUUCAGACCAGUAUGCAGGAGAAAACAGUGUAUCAAGAACAAAAGGGAGGACACCAGCAUGGUGUGAUCGUAUUCUUUGGUAUGGAAAAGGCUUAAGACAGCUCUGUUAUGUAUGUGGAGAAUCAAAGAUCUCUGACCACCGUCCUGUAUACUCAAUUUUUAUGGCUGAGAUAAAAAUGCUAGACAAAAUAAAUUAAAAUAACUUUAAUGAGCCCAGGAACAAUAUUCCAGAAGGAAGAGAUUACGCCCACACUAAGACCUGUUAUUAAGUUCUGAUAUACUUGAUAUUUAGUGAUUAAGUUGUCACCAUGUAUAAUCUGUUAGAUACAUGUUACCUUUAUUAAGGACCGGUUAGCCAAAGUAUGGCAAUAAGAAA